UUGAUGGAACUAUAAUACCCACAAUUCACCGGUGCCCCACAGCUCUCGCGGGCUUUGUUUAGAUAUGGCGGCAGCUUUCAAAACUUGUUUCUGGUGUAAAUGCACAACGUUUUACUUUACAAGAGCGAUGCUGCAUUUCUUGAGUAUUGCAGCUUCCUAAACAACCUGGGUCAACAUGACAUCUCCUGCCGGGUUUGGCUUCCCCGAGCCAGACAUCCUGACCAGGUGGACGCCGAGCUGUACCCGCGCCGGCGUCAUCCUCCACCCCUCCCCGGAUUUGGCCGGAUCGCUGCGGUGCGUCACAGCCAAGGAGCCCGGACCGCCGAUGCCGGAGGACUCCUUCGCCUCUGACUUCGCCCCUUUGUCCGCCUCCACGGACAGCAGCCUCGUUGGCGCUGACGGCUGUGAUCAGCUUAUUCUCGGGGAUGUAACGUACAGACCGACGAACGGAGAGCUUUCUGUACCGACGGCAAUCCUGAAGGAUCAGUUCCACAAACUGGAUACGAUGGCAAAUGAAGAUUUACCGAUAAUGAUGAAACUGGACCAGUUGAGGAAAUGGCAGCAGGAAAUGCAGAAGCAGCUGCAGGCUCAUCAGCUGGAGGAACUGCUGUGCCUCCAGGAGGAGCAGCAAAGGCUUCUGGGAAUCGUGAAUGAUCCUCGACGCUUGUUAGGAGAAUCCCCAGAGAGUACAGAGUUAUCAGAGCCAGAGUGGGAUGAAGAAACGGUCCACUAUAGACCGGAUGUGGACAGCGGCGUUGGAAAAGAGCAGAAUCUUUCAGUAGCAGAUGGAAAGAAGCAGCUUUCAAGAGAUCAUGAGGAAGGGAUGUGGGACUCUAAAGAGAAAGAGUGGAGGUGCCGUGUCGAUGGCAGAGGUUUUUCUGAGCCCCAAGAAGCACAACAGCAGCGUACAGACUCGGCUUCUGCUGAAGGAAGAAUCAGAGAAGGGGAUCAAGUCUGGAAUGACCGACCGAUAAGACCCGGCAUCGUGGGUCAGAAACAGACCUUUGAGGAGCUGCUGGAGGAGCAGUUGAGGCUGGAGGAGCAAAGGUUGAAAUCUGCCCGGCAACAACAGAAUCCAGCUCAACCCAAAAGGGCCUUUCUGAAACGAGGGGAGGGACUUGCAAGAUUUACCCAUAAUUCCAAAGCUUCGUCUAAAAAAGCAGAAUCAGCAAAAGUCCAGAAAUCAGAACUCCAAACCAGAGUCAUUUCCCGCAGCAACUCUGCUCCAGCGUUCAUCCAUAAAGCUUUUUCUAACUCUUCACCUCGACUUCCUGUUCAACGCAAAACUGCUGUACUAAACAAGGAAAACCAGGAGAGGAGGGUCUGCUCGUCCCCUCGGGAGAUCAGAGCCGAUGGGAAGCCAGCGUGGACAAAAGUUUUGGGAACUCAUCAAAGACAAAACACAGAAGAGACUCUUAAAACUGAACCAGAGAGCAGAAAGAACAGAAACGCUCUUCAUGGACUGAAAAACGACAAGAACAAAGCCGGUUUGUCAGAUCCGGCUCAGAGGAGCUCUGGUCCGAACAAGCAGCCAAACCCAGUAACCAAACAGGUGGGCACCAUGGAGGCUGUAGGAAAUGCCGACAGUGAUGCAACAACAGCUAAAAGUUCUGGUUCCAAAGUGGAAGCAACACCUCUGACAGGGAAGGGAGGCGGAGCUCCUCUGGAUUCCUUUGAGAUGUCGUUCCAGGAGAAACUCCAGCGCUGGGAGUGCGACAAGCAGCUGGAAAAUAUGGAGCUGGGGGAGUUUGAGCUGCUGGAGCAAGCGGCCGAAGAGCUGUCCUUUUCAUCCAACUCCUCUUUUGUCACUAAGGUUCUCCGGAUGGAUCAGCAGAAGCGGCAGCUGCAGACGGCACAGGGGCUGCAUCAGAGGCGCCUCUCCUCCACUCCCAUCAAGUCUCCCCCUAGAGGCGAACCUCAGAAGUGCGGUAGCACUGAGCGCGAUGCUGUGUCGGUGUGUAUAAGCAGUUCCUCUGAGGAAAAGAAAAGCAGCGCAGUCGACAAGGUUGGUGCCGAGGAUGAUGAUGGAGAGGACAGUGGAAGAGAAGACCAACGGGAGCUUUCUGACGGUGGCUCUGACUUUGGAGAGCAGGACGUUGUGCUUUUUCCUUCUUCGUCUAACCCUCCGUAUGACAAACGAUCCUAUCAGGAGGAGAGUUUCAGGGAUUCAGAGGACGAGGAGGGGGACAGCGACCACAGCUACGCAGGCGACUCCACCCUGACGGAGGACAAAGACAGCCAGCAGCCGGAUGUCAUCUUUAACGACGACGACACCUGGAGCGACCUGGAGGUCAGUGCAGGCGGGAAAACCGGUGACCCCACUGAAGUUAGUCCAACUCCCAGAUCUGCAGCCAUUGGCGGGAAGCCUCUGAUGAGGAAAGUGGCAGCGAGCAAAGCUACAGAGUCGGACAGCGCCUCAGAGACUGACCAUCCUCCUGCCUCUCAACUCAUGACAAGGCUGUUCCCCUCGCUGAAGCCUAAAGCCAAGAACGCACCUGACGCCCCUCCCCCUGUGCUGUCCCAGUCCAGCCAGCAAAGCAACGACACAGUCCAGCAGGCCCAGUCCCGGCAGCUCAGAGAGAGGCUGGUGGAGCUGGAGAUCGAGAUCGAGAGAUUUAAGAAGGAGAACGCCGCGCUCACCAAACUCCGACAUGACCACCAGAGAAAGCAGGAGGAGCUGAGGAAGGAGCGGUUGGAUUUUGAUCAGGCCAAAGCAGCAGAGCUGGCCAGGUUUGAGGACUACAAGAAGGAGGAGAACAGGAAGUUGCAGAAGGAGCGCAAGCUUUUUGAGAAAUACGCUUCGGCUGCCAGAGCCGCACCUGACAAGAAGGAGAGAGAGGAAAUCCAGUCUCUGAAGGAACAGCUGAACUCCCUUCAGGAGGAGCUGAAGAGGAGGGAGAGUCGCUGGACCUCUACUCACACCCGACUGCGCCAGCAGGUCGAGUCCCUCAGCGAGGAGAAAGCUGCUCUCCGAGAGGAGAUCCAAAUGUUAGAGAAGCUGCGUCUGAGCGCCUGGAAGAAAAGCUCCGUCUCUGCAGCAGAAACCAAAGACAGUCCCAGAAUCUCAGAGAGCAGCGGGUCGUCCGGAACCAAAGGAGUCACAUUUGCUAGUCCCUUAGACUCCAUUGGAAGCUGCAGCAGCCCCCCAGCAGGAGGCUCGGCAUCAGGCCCCCGAGGAACCUCCAAGGACAGCAGUGCAGCAGGUAUAAAGAGCAGUUUGAGGAGGUCUGGAGGCUCUACCUCCUCUUUUUCCUCCUCCUCAUCAUUAACUAGCAGGAAGCAAGAAGGCAGAUCUUCUUCACCUGCCAGCAGGAAGCAGAAACUGCCUCAAACCCUGGAGCAGUCAGAGGAUUCCUCAGCGAAAACUGACGCUGUGCCAGAACAACAACAGAGCAUCGAGGCUGAAGAGGCAGACUCGGUCCAGAAUGUCAUCACACAUCCUGAUGGGAAGAUUGAAAAAGUUCUGGUUGGUGGUGAUCGCCUCAUCGUCUUCCCCAACGGAACCAGGAAGGAAGUGUCUGCAGACGGGCUGUCGGCGAAGAUCACCUUCUUCAACGGAGACACCAAGCAGAUCACAGCAGACCAGAGAGUGAUCUACUACUAUGCUGAGGCUCAGACCACACACAUCACUUAUCCUGAAGGUCUGGAGGUCCUGCACUUCCCCAACAACCAGACGGAGAAGCACUUUCCAGACGGGCGUAAAGAGAUCACGUUCCCAGACCAGACGGUGAAAAAUCUCUAUCCUGAUGGCAGAGAGGAGAGCGUGUUGACUGACGGCACCAUCAUACGGGUCAACACGGACGGCAUCAAGGAGAUCCACUUCAACACAGGCCAGAAGGAGGUCCACACGGCUGACUUCAAGAGGCGCGAGUAUCCGGACGGCACGGUGAAGACCGUCUACAACGACGGCCGGCAGGAAACGCGCUACCCAACGGGACGCAUCAGGAUAAAAGACAAAGAGGGAAAUGUCCUAAUGGACAAGCGGACAUAAGAACUGCAUUAUUUAAACACUUUUAUUGUGAAGUCUUAUUAUUUUGACAUCACAGACUUCCUGUAACCAUGAAUUUCUUGCACUGAAAUAUCUGCUUUAAAGAGAAAACCUUCAAUGUGAAGUCUGUUAAAGUUUUUUUUUUACUUUUUUAUGUUAAAAUAUUAAAUAUUUAUUUCCCUAGUUUAUGCAUUUUUAUGCAAAAUAAUUUUUUUUUUGUUUAAUGAAGUUUUGUCCGCCGUGGACCAACAACUGAAACACAUUAAAGAUGAACAGACAGAAA